CUUCCCCCCCAUCAAGGCUAGUGUCGGUCAUCGCCCGGCGAGGUGUCGCUUUUGGCAGCUAAUUACCCGUUUUACUCCGCGUUUAAGUGAAACAUUUUUGAUACACUCUUCCUUUUGACACCCAGCGGCACUUGGGGCCAUGAAAAGAAUCAGGUUUUUCGUCUUUUUCUUGGUGCUUUCCGCGUCUUUGCUGUGCGCAACCGAAGGGGGCAGGAGCAGGACCAGCAACCAGAACAGCUUCCGACGGGCAGCUAAUGGCAUCUAUCAGACUCUGAGCAGCGUUUUCGGAGAGGACAACAUUAGAGGGUUGUACAAGUUCUUCUCCAAAGCAACGGAGAGGUUUGUCAGUGGAGUGGACUCUUUCCUGGACACCAUCUGGAAGAUCUGGUCAGAUCUGCUGGAUGUGAUGGGCAUUGACUCAUCAAACCUCAGCCACUACUUCAGCCCCACAUCUCUUACCAACUCCCCAGCACGUGCCCUGCUCCUGGUCGCCGCUGUGCUCUUGGCCUACUGGUUCCUGUCUAUGUUCCUGGGGGGUUUCUUUUACUUGCUGCAUGCUGUGUUUGGACGCUUCUUCUGGCUAGCCCGCGUCACCCUCUUCGCCCUGUCCUGCCUCUACAUCCUGCAGAAGUUCGAGGGUGACCCUGAGCGUGCAGUGCUCCCACUGUGCUUCAUCAUGGCUGUGUACUUCAUGACGGGCCCUGUGGGAGCAUACUGGCGCCGGGGCGGUGGAGCAGGUUCACUAGAAGAAAAAAUCGACCACCUGGACACUCAGAUCAGGCUGCUCAAUAUCAGGUUGAGCCGUGUAAUAGACACCAUUGAACGUACCGGGGACCAGUAGACACACUUUAGGUUGAAGCAAGGAUGAGUUUGGGGGAGGGUCCAGGGGAAAAACUGAUGUAUUUGAUAAGAGAAUACUGUCUCCUACAUACAGCUUUAUUGUCAGAUGGGGACAAAACUAGAUCUGAAAACAGUAUUUUAAUGGCUUGAAUUGAUUUUAGUAACAAGAGAAACUGUUGAAUUGGAGCUUGCACAAAACCAAACAGCUCUUUUUUUUUUUUUCCUUUUCUUUUUUUGUUUGAGAGCUUUGAGAGGUUUUUUUACAUCUCUGAGGAAGUUGUCGAGGAGAUGUCAGAGGUUUUCUAAAUACUAGCCUACUUUUACACCUCAGCUACUUGUAAGAAAUUCCUCUAGUUUAAUAUUUAGAGGUUUACUUAAGUACUGUCAAUGCUUGUGCUUGAUAAAUAAGCAGAUUUUACAUAUGUUUAUUUAUUCUGAUCCCUGUAAAUAAGCUGGGGGUUCAGUUGUCCACAUUUUUCCCCUUUUUGAAACUAUUGAUGUAAGAAGGGGUAGGGUAUAUGCUACUGGGAACCAACACAAACGUCGUUUCUAUAAUGUGUAAAUUCCAGAUGUUGGAUAGUUGACCACAGUAAGAUUUAUUUAUUCCAUUUUCCAUCCAAAGUGUUGAAAUUGUGUAGGUCUAGUUUGUUCUAUUGAGUCAUUGUUUCAUAGUGACAAAAGCUUGACAUCAGGACCUCUUUUUCUUGUGUGAAUUUGCAUAGAUGCAUCUCAGUGACCUGCUUGAAUGUGUGUGUGUGUGUGUGUGUGUGUGUGUGUGUGUGUGUGUGUGUGUGUGUGUGUGUGUGUGUGUGUGUGUGUGUGUGUGUGUGUGUGUGUGUGUGUGUGUGUGUGUGUGAGAGGCAAGCUUAUGAAAUAGAAAAGCACUGUAUUAAAAGUCACCAUCAGAUGUGGACAGACAGGCAGCAAUAUCUCAGGGACUCACCCAACACUUGUUGAAAUCAAAUGAGAUAUCAAGUAUGUUAAAAUCAUGUAUUGGUCUCUUCACAAUUCAGAUGUGGCUUCACAUUUUUUCCCAGUAUCUUACAGUACUUUGUGUUGAACUUGUAAAGUUUAAAUCCAGCUUUUCAUUCAUUAUUUAAAUACCAGCGUGGAGUUACUGUGGUGAUCUGAACUGUUGCUAAUACUCCUAAAGUUUAUGGAUGUGAAAUCUAAUACUGCUGGGAAAAAAUCAGAUUGAAUAUCAUUUAACCCUGCUUUUGAAACUAAUGUAUGUGGUCAUUUCUCUUAUGAGUAUUUUAAUGGUAGUUUAAAACCAGCUUAAUUGAGUCAUGCACUAAAAGGUUAUGUUAAAAAGUAGUGUGUUGGUAUAUUCUUACCCUGCAUCACUGUAGCUCUCGCUAAUUUGUUAGAUUGAUAUGACUAAUUUCUUGUUUAUUUCUGAUUUUUUUUUUUUUUUUUUUUUUCCUUUUUUCCCUCUCAUCAGCUCAUUUCUCACCAUGGAUUGCUGUAAGAGAAUGGGCCCUACACUGCUUGUCUAUGUUUGUGACAUGCCUCCAUCAAUUAAAAACCCCACUUCCUUUACUGUAAAUUAAAGUUAUUGAAUCUGUACUCUGUAAAAAAAAAAAAAAAAACAGUUUUCUAAAAAUGACCCUAAUGCUGUGCAGAUUUGGUGCUCUAAGUGUCCACAUGAGAAAAAUUAGCCAACAGACACAAGUUGCUGGUGAUCAAGAUACAUUUAAUGAUAAUACUGAGGUCAAACAGGAUGGUGUUGAUACUACUACUACCAGUAUGUGUGGGCUGUAUUUCUGUUUCUCUCAAUAGUAUGGGUGCAGUGAUGUAUAGAAUGUAAAAGGUUUUGUAUCAACAAGUGCGGGUUGUAGUGUCCUUCUGGCUUCACAGUAUAUAGUGGGAUGAAAUUCAAGCUCAUUUAUUAUCACUGACUGUUGUCAUACCAAGUACAUCUGCUCAUAUUAUUGGGAGAAAAGAUCCCCAGUUACUUUUUGUUUGAAGUUAAUUUCUGUUCCUUUAAGGCCAGUUUUUUUUUUUUUUUUUAAACUGGUACACUAAUAACUGUGUAAUACUGUACACCUUGAAACCUGAUAUGUUUAUAGAUUGUCGUCAUACCGUGAGAAUCUCAUACUGCGUAACCUUAUGCCAGGUAUAGAAACAUGGACUUGUUAGCCAUUUCCCAGCACUGUCUGGUGAUUUCUAUUGAGUUCAGGUUCUCAUUAAAUGUUAUCAAAAUUAAGUGUGGUAAUAGCAAAUUUCAAUAACCUCAUAUACUCUUAAUGAGUCCCUGUUUUGCCCCGACUGCCAUCAACAAACCCAGGUCGCCCAUAUAUCCUACGUAAUCUCAAAUUUUGCUGCAUGCUUAUCUUUUAUGCCUAUAAUAUUGCAUUACAUUACAGUAUGAUUAUGCUGUUGACUGCCUAGGCAGAGAGCCCUUACAAAAUGUGUGUGGUGUGAUGAAAUUAGCCAGAAGUCAAUUACUAUUGGAAUUGUGUUAUAAGUCUUGUUCUUCUGUACUUUACGGUUUACAUUUGCACUGAUGCUAAACUGUGUGUGCUGUUUGUUAUGGUUACAACACUGAACCGGACACAAACGCUCUCCUGUCAUUCCAUAAUCACAUGAUUGCCGUGUCUCUGACAUAGUCAAAUUAUAAAGUCCUUACAAUGAUAAUGAUCAUUUUGUGAUUUGUAGACGAACCGCCGACGUGAGAAAGGGAUGUGAUCAUGGUGUGCUUUAUUGUGUGGUUGGUCUAACAGUCUGUAGCCAGCAGUCUUCAUAGGUUUAACUACUGGGAGCAUGUGUGAUAAAUGAAGGCGUAUUAUAGUGUGCAGUAAUUAUGUAUGUUGAUAGAUUUUAGAUUACAGUAGAUGACAGUGUGAUAUUGAAGCUGAAAAAUGCCCUGCAGUUGGUUUAGAAAGGAUUCAGGAUUUUGGUGGCUGUUUAUCAGACUUUGUAUGCUAGACAUUAAAAACUGUAUUUUUUUUUUUUAUUUUUUUUUUUAGAGGCAAAUGAAAACUUCUGGGUAUUCUUCAAAGUUCUCACACUGAAAACACUCACAAACAAGCUCCAAGAGGGAGGUUUUACCAUUCCUUUCAGAUAUUAUGGAAGAAAUUGUUAAUGCUUCAAUUUGCUGGUAGUUGUAGGUCUAGUCAUGUCCCACUUGUGGGUCCUUCUGUUGGCUUCUCAGCAUAGACUGAGUCCUGCAUUCAGAUUAUAUUUAUUCAAUGUUAACUGUCAUCUGAAUGACGUGCUUCUUUUUUAAUGUACCUUGUCCAGUGUAUUUCUUUGUUUUCCACAUAGCCUGCUUUUUAUAAUGUACUGUGCCAAUAAUGUAUUUUAUUUUGUUGUUACUUAAAAAUUGUAACCAUUGAUUUUAGAGUAGAUGCAGAUAGCAUAUACUUUCUUUUCCAUAUCACCACUUAAUGUUUUUAAGCCUUUUUUCUUUCUUUCUAAUGAGUAUUUUGUACUCACUCGAUGUUUGAAGAGCCAAACUGUUCUGCCUGCUGUUACUUCGUGUUUGGAUGUUUGUCUUUAUGAAAACCUGUUGGUGGGGAUGUGGUUCUUUAUGUGCCAGAAUGAAAAUGAGGUCCAGAUUUAAAUAAACACCAGACUAUGACUAAA